AUGAUCAAUGGAUGCCCGAAUUUUUCGAUUGAUAUUGAUAUAAAAGAAGAAAUAAUUGACGUCCUUCAAAUCAAUCAAAUACUUGCAAUUAUAACAAAAACAUCUGUUUACAUUUAUCAUCUGUAUACUUUAUUACCAUUAGGUAAACACAUAAGAGCUUCAACUUCAUUAGAAAAUAAUGGAUUAAAUAUAAAAGCAAGGAAAAAACUAAUAUAUUCAAGAUCAACUAGAAGACCUUCGAAAUUAAACAUAUAUAUCCAAACAGAUUUAAAUUUUUUGAUCAUAUAUCAAAUAAGUAUUGAUAAUUCAAGUUCUAUUUAUGAAAUCCAUAAUAUUAAAGAAGAACUAAUUCAAAAUGGUUUGCCUUCAAGCUAUACUCAUAAAAAGUUUUCGAUAACUAAUUUUAUACUGUCCGCAACUAAAACAUUUAUACAUGGAGCUGAAGAAAUUAGCCCAGCGUUAGAGAAUAUUGAAAGUGUAAAGAAUAAUAUAAUUGAUGAUGAAUUAGGUGGGUACGAGAUUGAAUCUAUAAAAAUAUCAGUAUAUAAAAUACUAAAAAUUGGAGUGGGGAAUCAAAAAUUUUGGCUUGAACCAAAUUCACAUAAUUUAUUAGUUUUCAAUUUUAUUGGUGAAUCAAUUGAAUCUAAUGUUUUGCAAAUUGUAAAACUUACUAAUUUUGAAAGCAAGCAAUUAGACUUGUCAACUGUUUAUUCUGGAAACGUCAAAAAUAUAUUUUACAAUCAAUACUUUAACUACUUUUUAAUUGUUGGUGAAGAGGAAGAAUUAAUAAAAAUCUCAAUUACUGAAGAAGAGGGAGAGGAAGGCCCAGCAUUAGGACUAACCAAAAUUGGUUUUGGAAACUUUGAACAAGCAUAUUUUAAUCCAAAGUCCAACUUGAUAUUGGCAGAAAAUGAGGGAUCUUUAAAGUUAUAUCAUCUUGAUGAUCAUUUACACGAAAUACGAACAUUGGACAUGGCUGCAGGUGUAAUAAAUUGGUCAAACUGUGGUGAAUUCUUUACAGUAGUUUAUGAAUCAGGAGAUUGGAAAUUAGUAUCGAAAUUUGGAAAAAUAUUACUCAACACUAAAAGUGUACGAAGUGAAAUAAAUGAGUCGAAUGGAAAUCAAGGAUUUUUACAUGCAAAGUCCAUUUUGAUUUCUAAUAAUUCAAUGUCAUUAUAUAUUCUAGGAUUAGAAUCACAUAAAAUUUACUGCAUACCAUUAUCAACAAUACUCAAUGAUAUCAUUUAUGACAAGGAAUAUUUCAGCAUUAUUGAAGACUACAGAACAUUUCUAAGAUUCCCAUUACUUCCAAAAUUCAAAAAAUUGCUAUUAUUCCAUGACAAUGAUAAUUUGAUAGACAGUAAUUCACAAACAGAAAAAUUAACUAUAUCAAAAAAUUCAUUUAAUCAAAUAGCAAUGUCUUAUGAACGGUAUUUAGCAAUUUCUUCUCCAAUCGCCACUGGUGGAUUGACAAAUCAUGUUUUGUGGUACAAUUUUAAAUCUCACUUCGCUGAAGAGUUAAAUAUUGUUAAUCAGUUUUGGUUUCAUCAUUUUUUGAUUGUUGUAAAUAGAAAAUUGAGACAUUCUUUUGAAGAGGUUGACGAGGAAGAGCAUUUAAUUGAUGAAAUUAUUGUCUUUGACACUUCUAAAACCAAAUAUGCAAUGAGUGGUGAAGAAUCAGCAUUUACUAGUGAUUCAUUAUUAUGGAAAUAUGAUUUCAAAAGUACUUUCAUAAACAUUCAACUUAUUGAUGGUGAAAACUCAUCGCAUGUAAUAAUUUUGACUAGUGACUUUAAGAUUGUGAUCUUGGAUUUGAUGCUUGAUAAAACAGUUCAAACCGACUCAGACACAAAACAUUACAAGGUGUUUAUAUCCAUAAAUAAAACAGUUCACUUAAAAUCACUUGAACAUAAAAUCAAUCUUAAAGAAGUUAAACAAAGCAGUUUGAUUGAUCAAAAACAUUUCAUUUUCUUACUACAAUCUGGUGACUUGUACUUAUUAAAAAAUCUGAGUAGAUCAGCAUCUUUCUCAAACAAACCAUUGGACGCAUUAAAACCAAGUAAUUUUUAUGAUUUGAUCAAGUUAGAUUCAUCAGUAGAAUAUUUUAAAUUCAAGACUAUAAACUUUCAGAAAAAUAUAAAUUUCAUAUACAUGUUCAAUGGACAACAAAUAUUAAUCUAUGAUGUUUAUGAAUUAGUUGACAAAGCAUACAAUAAAAAACAACCACAUCAUGAAGAAGAUGAUUUAUUAGAAUCAGAAGAUACAAAUUUAAUUCCCAUUACAAUAGAUACUGAAGAAAUGAUUCCCUUUGAAAUUGAAGCAGACCAGAAAACAAUAAAUUUGAUUGGAUUUGAAAAUUUAGCUAUAAAUCGUCACAUGCUUAUAUUAAAAAAUAAAGUAUCUCAUAAAUUAAUUUUAAAUAAUUUUAUUGAAUUUGAUCUUAUUCAUAAAGGUGAUCUAGAAAGUACUUUCAACAGGUAUAAGUCAUUUGAUAAUUUUGAAUUUUGUUUGGAAUUAUUGUUGUUCAAACUUUUAACUGACGAAGAGCCAUCAUUAACUUUAAAGAGACUUUGUCAACUAAUUGAAUUUUCAGAAAACUCAGAAUUUAUUUACAUCAAUUGUUUAAGAAAAAUUGAAGUUGCUUACUGGAGUAAAUUCUUUGAUGUAAUAAAUAUGACACCGGAAAAAUUCAUGAAUCGACUUAUAAAAUUAGAUAAUGUUGAAUUAUGUUAUAAUUACCUUAUUGUUUAUUUAAAUUAUAAACGAGAAGGAGAUACAGAAAUUGAAACUGAUGAUUCAAAUCAUGAAUUAACAAAGUUUGAUAAACAAAUUAUACUUCAAAUCAUAAAAAUGUUGGACAAAGCAGGAAAAUAUGACUGGUGUUUUGAAUUAUGUAGAUUUAUAAAAGUUUUAGAACCUUCAGGUCAAUUUUUGAAAAAGAUAAAGUCAGAAUUAGAAUAG